AUGGUGUCCAUAACAUCAUGUCAAGAUUGGGAUAUAACCACAAUAGAGAAGAUUGGCAACCGUAUGAUUGGUUACCACCCCAUACAAUAUACCCUUGCUAAGAAUAAUGGAUCUCAGUGCGGAUACUGCUCUCCAGGAUGGGUCAUGGCUCUGUACAGCCUGUUGAAAACCAACAAGAUGACAAUGCUAGAAAUAGAAAAGGCCUUUGGGAGUAAUAUAUGCCGAUGUACAGGAUAUAGACCUAUUUUGGAAGCUUUUAAAAAGUUCGCAUCAGAUGCUCCACAUACUCUUGAAAUCCCUGAUAUUGAAGACUUAAAGAUAUGUGACAAAACUGGUAAAACUUGUUAUAUGAAAAAUUGCGAAGAUUCCGACUGGUGCUUCAUUAAUAAAAAUGAAUUAUAUAAUAAAGUUAAACAUAUAAAUUUAAAAGAUCAUAGAGAUUGGUAUAGGGUUGAAGUACUCUCUGAUAUAUUUAAAAUAUGGCAAGAAAGGGGUGAAAAGUCUUAUAUGUUGGUCAAUGGAAACACGGGAAAAGGUGUUAUUCCAAUACUGAAAUAUCCUGAAAUCCUUAUAGAUAUUUCGGGACUAUCAGAACUAAAAGGCUUCUACAUUGACCAAAACUUAGUUCUUAGAGCUGGAACUACGCUCACAGAUACAAUAAACAUAUUUGCACAAGUAGCUAGUCAUGAUAACUUCAAAUACUUAAACAUUUUAAACGAACAUUUAAAUUUGGUAGCUCAUAUACCUGUAAGAAAUUUGGGAUCCAUAGCUGGGAACUUAAUGCUUAAACACCAAAAUCCUAAAUUCCAAUCUGAUAUAUACCUUCUACUGGAGACUGUCGGAGCGCAGCUUGUUCUAAUCUUUGGUCACGGAUCCAGGAAAACACUAAGCAUGCAUGACUUUCUUAUAGAAGAUAUGACGGGAAAGGUUAUUUUUUAUGUACUGCUACCACCAUUGAGUAAAGAACACAAUGUAGUUACUUUCAAGAUAAUGCCACGAACGCAGAACGCACAUGCAAUAGUUAACGCCGGUUUCAAUUAUAAGCUAAAUGAUGAUAAUACAGUAUUAGAUUGCAGAAUAGUUUAUGGUGGUCUUUCACCAUCAUUUAACAGAGCUUUUAAAGCAGAACAAUAUUUAAUAGGGCAGCCUUUAUUUAAAAAUGAAACAUUACAAAGCGCUCUAAAAGUAUUAUUUAUAGAAGUAAAAGUGACUGAACAUUUACCGGAGUACCCUAUCGAGUAUAGAAAACAGCUGGCUUUGAAUCUAUUUUAUAAGGGUCUGCUUUAUUUAUACUCUUCAGACAAAUUACAUUACCGUUAUCGUUCCGGUGCUAUUAAGUUACAUGAAACGCGGCUGUUAUCAAAGGGAUUGCAAGAAUUUACCACUGACCCCAAAAUUUGGCCUUUAAAUCAACCUAUAGCUAAACUAGAUGGAUUGAUUCAAUGCGCUGGUGAAUCAAAAUACACUGAAGACUUACCAUCGCUUCCCAACGAAGUGUUCGCUGCAUUUGUUCUAACAACUGUUCCUCUUGGUAGGAUUGAAAGUAUUGACCCUAGUAAGGCUUUGGAAGAAUGUGGCGUCAUAGCCUUUUAUACAGCAUCUGAUAUUCCAGGAGUAAAUAGCUUUGUUCUACCGAAUGGAUCGUCAUUUAAAAACGAUGAAGAACUUCUUUGUAAUGGAGAAGUUAAAUUUUACAAUCAACCUUUAGGCAUUAUUGUAGCAGAAACUUACGAAAUAGCGGAAAAAGCAGCUAAUUUAGUGCAUGUUACAUACUGUAAUGUAAGAGAGCCUAUAAUAGAUAUAAAAAAAGCCAAAAAUGAUCCAAAUAGAAUACAACUUGUUCAGUCUUUUAAACCUACAAGGACUGGAACUGACAUAAUAAAAAUUAUAACAGGUGAAACCGCGAUAUAUUCACAAUAUCACUUUUGUAUGGAAACCUUGGUUUGUGUAACUGACAUAACUGAAGAAGGGUUGAAAAUUUAUGCUGCUACACAAUGGGCAAGCCUUAUACAUGGUGCUACUGCAAGAGCAUUAAACAUAAAUCAAAACAGAAUUGAUGUGUAUGUUCGUCGAGUUGGAGGUGCAUAUGGUAUAAAAAUAUCCAGAGUUUCGCAAGUAGCAGUGGCGAGCAGUCUAGUCUCGUAUAAAUUGAAUAAACCCUGCCGCUUUAUUCUACCUCUUACAACAAACAUGAGAUCUAUUGGCAAACGAUUGCCAUGUUCUAAUAAUUAUGAGAUUGCAGUAAAUAAGGACGGCGUUAUACAAUAUCUGAAUCACAAUUUAUAUAGUGACAAUGGUUAUGUUGUUAGUGAGCCCUUACUGAAUUUGGGUCUCGAUGUGUAUUCUAAUGCGUACAAAAAUGAUACAUGGAGUCACAAAUCUUAUAAUGCUGUUACGGAUACAGCGUCAAAUAGUUGGUUUAGAUCACCUGGAACUUUGGAACAUGUGGCAAUGGCUGAAACAUUGAUGGAAAGAAUAGCUUAUGAACUCAACUUAGAUCCCUUAAAUGUUCGUUUAGCAAAUUUGGAUACUGAAAAAUAUAGUGACUUGCUUGAAAUGCUAGACACAUUAAAACUUAAAUCAGAAUACGAAGAAAGAAAACUUAAAGUUGAUAAUUUUAAUUCAGAAAAUCGAUGGAAAAAACGAGGAUUAAGGUUCUCAUUUCUGCGAUGGACGCCAAAAAGUCGUCAAUAUUUUGAUAUAAACUUGUCAGUAUACAGUAACGAUGGUACUGUUUCUAUAAGUCAUGGUGGUGUAGAAAUAGGACAAGGAAUUAAUACGAAAGCUAUACAGAUAUGCGCAUAUCUCCUUAAAAUACCUGUUGAAAAAGUAAUAAUAAAACCUAAUGACACAUUUGUGGCUCCUAAUAAUAUUCAAACGGGUGGAAGUACGACAAGUCAAAAUAUAUCGAUUGGUGUACGAAAAUGCUGUGAACAGUUAUUAAAAAGGCUGGAACCUGUUCGAAUUGCUCUACAUAACCCAACAUGGGAGGAAUUGAUUAGGCGAGCUUUUCAAUUAGAAAUAGAUUUACAAGUGCAUGCUUUUGUUAAUUCUACAGAUGCGCAAAAUUUUGAUGUGUAUGGUAUUACGUUAGCGGAAGUAGAAAUUGACGUACUUACGGGAGAGUCAGAAAUAAUAAGAGUUGACUUGAUUGAAGAUGCGGGACUUAGUGUAAGCCCCGAACUUGAUGUUGGCCAGGUGGAGGGUGCCUUCAUAAUGGGCGUUGGUUACUGGACAUCGGAACGACUAGUAUAUGAACCUACUAGCGGGGAACUACUCACUAAUCGCACAUGGGAAUAUUGGGUGCCGCAAGCACGUGAUAUUCCUCAGGACUUCAGAAUAUACUUCAGGAAAGGAUCUUUUAGCAACGAGAGUAUUUUUGGAGCUAAAGUCACGGGUGAACCAGCCACAUGUAUGGGAAUAGUGGUAUCCUUUGCACUCCGUCAUGCUAUAGCUGCAGCACGUUUGGAAACCGGUAUAUCUCCAACUCAAUGGUUUCAAAUAGAUGGUUCUUAUAGUGUAGAUAAAGUGUGCUUAUCUUGCGCAACCACGUUUGAAGACUUCAAAUUCUAU